GCGAGUUCGCGACCUCUCCUCCCCUACUGCUCGGUUCGGGGGAGCUCCAGUCCGCCGCGAGCGAUGGGGGAAGGCGGCAAGCCGCUCGGCGACAGCGUGUUCGCCGGCCACGCGGCCGCCGGCGCGGCGGCGAUCAGCGCCUCCGCGGUCUCCGUGCACCCGCUCGACACCGUCAAGACCCUCAUCCAGUUGAGCGCGGCGGGGUCGAAGCAUAAGAUGGGGCUCCGCCAGGUGGUGGACAGGCUCAUGUCGGUCUCCGGCCCUGCAGGUCUUUACAGUGGCAUUGGAUGGUCAGUAUUGGGCAAACUGCCUGGUUUAGGAGCACGUUUUGGGACCUAUGAACUACUAACAGCCUUCUAUAAAGAUGGAAGGGAGGACAACUAUGUUACUUAUUCUGAGGCUAUGUUGGCCGGCAUAGCUGCCGGUGCUGUCGAGUCAGUUUUGUGCACACCGUUUGAACUUCUGAAACUUCGGAGCCAAGUUGGUUCUGUGAAACCAACGAAAACUGUGGGCCCUGCAAACAUUACAGUAGAGACAUUUCCAUUGCUUUCCAAGCUAUUGCCUGGCUAUGUCCCUGAUAUCAGAGUAUGGAAUAACACUGUCAGCCUUUUGUCCAAUCUUCCCCCGAAGCAUCCUAAUAUGAUGGGUGCCCUGAAACAGCACCCGUGGAUGCUUACUGGUUCAGGGAAGCCCCCAAUGCCGUCUGAUGUUCAUGUUCCUUCAAGAGUAAUAGCACUUGAAGGAUGGGGUGCCCUAUGGAAAGGACUUAGGCCAGGGAUAGCCCGGGACUGUGUCUUUGGAGGAAUGUUCUUUUCUACUUGGCAAUUUAUACACACAGCAAUGCUUACUUGGAGUGCUGUCAAUAUGAACCCUCAACCUGGAAAACUGGAAGAAGCAGGCCCUCUAUCCCCUUUUGCUUCUAGUCUUGCUGCAGGCUUCUCAGGAGUUGUGGCAGCUGCUGCUUCCCAUACGUUUGAUACCGCCAAAAGUCGUUCAGAAUGCGCUGUUAUACCUAAGUAUAUUGCAAUGGAAAGGAGGUUACUUAAAUGGAAACCACCAGGAACUUGGAUAGAGAGAAAGACGGGAAUAUCUCCUGCCAAUAGGAGCAUUCUGUUUCGUGGUAUUCAGCUACGAAUGGCCCAAAGUGGAAUUGCAUCUUUCGUACUUGUUGGGUCCUACUAUUUUCUUGUAGAUCAGUUCUUGUAGAUGAUAUGAAGAGGCGUCAUUUAACAGAGGGGGUUUCUUUAAGGAAUUUCAAAUAUCACGAUUUGAUGUGCAUCUGGUAAUGAUUGAUGAACAGGUAACCGCUUGGGCAUCCUCGAUCAUUCCACUACCUCGUUAGUCUCAUCCUUGUUGGAACUGUGUCCCAAGAUAUAUUAUUGGCUGCUAACGCAAUAAUUUAUAGCAAUCAGAGUUCAGUGCUGCCUCUUUUGGUACGAGGCUUUGUUGUGGAGAGAACAAGUAUCUUGUAAACUGUAUUGUCAGUAGGAUGAAUGAUGAGUAGCAACUACUGACUACUGAAGAUGCCUUUAGGCUCUUGAGUCUUGACAGGGAUUUUGUGAGAAAAAAAAAGUUUCCAUUAUUGUCCAAGGUUAAUUCAUCAUAGGUUUUUGCUUCAUUUCUUUCUGCUCCUUGUCAUCGCUAAGCAAACCUUAUUGCUUUCUUUUUGCAUUUUUUGGGGCCUGCCAUGUUCAAUGAAGAUAGCCUUCUACUUCUAUAUACUGUAUUCAAGCAUCCUACAA